AUGGCUAGCAAUGCCAGAAACCCCAAUCACGGCGUCGUGUUCUCCUCUCUUCGGCCUCUUAGAGACCGUCUCAUGAGGACGGGUUACGUGCUCGUCUCAGAAGAGCAAGAGUCUGGGUCGGAGUACUCGGGCUCGACAUGCUGCUGCUGCUCGAGCUGUGCGUCGAGCUGCUCCUGCGACGAGUAUACCGAUGAUGAUGACAGCGAAGAAGAAGAUGGUGAAUCAGAUGACGAGGAGAUUGUUUUUGAACAGGCAGAGGUGGUGGAAGAGGAAGAAGGUUAUUGGAGUGACUGUUCGGCGUGUUGGGCGAGGAGACGAGAUAGGGAGCGAAGGGGUCGUGCGGUUCGGAGAUUUGGGAAUCGGGUUACGAAUGUUGCGAGGGCUGUGGAGGGAAGAGAUUCUAUUCAAGUCUAUCACCAUAACCAUCCCUAUCAGCGUGAGCAGCAUCGUGGACGUAACGAAACUCCACAAGCAAACCGGCGAAAUGCCAACCACGUUACCUUUCGAAGCACCAACAGCAUCAUCAAUGGCAGUAUCGAUAACAACGGCCAAAGUACUGCUGCUGAAACGCCUUCCUUUCGGGGCCUUGUGGAUCGAAUUGUUUCAACGACUAGACAGCUCCGUCAAGGUCAAGGAGAACAGCCUGUACGCCAUCUUAGGUCGUGGGCUCGCGUAUUGGAAGAUCUUCAAAGAGGCGCAAACGCGGCUGCUGCCUCUGACACCACUGCUGAUUCGACAGUGGCUGCCAGAGCUGGACGACAAAAUCCAGCUCCUAGGACGGCGGUGGGAAGAGCGGCAAAUGUUGCUGGUGACGAUGGGAACGGGGCGAGAGAGGCUCAGGCUCAGACGCAGAACCAGGCGCGUCCCCGAAGAGCAACAAGUUACUUCAUGUCCGGGGGCAGAAGUGCCUCGAACAAUAGACGGAGGAGAAGAUGA